AUGAGUGAGAACGAGGCUGUGUUUCAAGUUUAUCACAAUGGUAAAUUUAAGAUCUCCAUUGACAACGGAACAUCAUAUGUCGGAGGCGAAGUCCACACACUCAUAAGCAACCCGGCAUCACUGUUUGUUAAUCUGAUGGAAUCAUUGAUCAUUUCUUUGAGUGGACAAAGAAUUUGGUACAAACUUCCGUUUGAAGAACUUGCGGAUCUGAAGGUGCUCGAGGAUGGGACUGCAAACUUUAAAAAAAUGUGUGAUGCUGUGUUUUGGACGAAAGCUGCAGAUGUUUUCUUGGAACGUGAAGAUUUUCUUGAAGGAGUUGAUGCUGUUGUGGAUCAAAACAAAGACAAUGGUGCUGAAAACAGAGCUGCUUUGCAUGAUGAAAUCCCUGCGGAAGAAUCUGUGUCCGAGGAAGAUUCUGAAGCCGGUGAAAACAAUGGUGACGAUGAGAGGGUUGAUGAGGAUGGUAUAACUGAGGAAGAAGAGCAACAGCCUGAUAAUUCUGAGGAUACUCCUCCGAAUUCAGAUGAUGAGGAUGGUGGUGUUCAAAGACGAUUUCUGGCUUGCAAAAAAGGGAGUGGAGAACUUCAAUUGGCUCAAGUGUUCGACAGUAUUGCAGAGUUCAAGGAAGCAGUUGUCGAUUAUGUCCUCAAGGAAGGAUACAACGUCAAGUACACAAAAUGGGGAUCAGAGCAGUCUCGGGUGAAGUGUGCACUUGGUGGAGAUUGUCCAUUCGUAAUCUACUGUGCUUUUGAGAAACCAAUUGAGAGGUACAUGAUUAAAACCUUUGUCAAGGAGCACACAUGUAUGAAAGAUGGGCAUAGCAAGGUAAUAAAAGAUGGUGUCAUCGCUAAAUUGUUCCUGAAUGACAUAAAAAAAAAUCCGGAUUACAGACCUUCGGAUAUGCAAGAUGCAUUUGAGGAGAAAUACAACAUUGCUGUCUCCAAUGACCAAUGUAGGAAAGCUAAGAGAAAAGCUUUAGACAUUAUUCAAGCUGAACACGAUGAACAGUUUGCGAGACUUAAAGACUAUAGACUCGCCUUGAUUGACUCCAACUCGAAUUCAACCGUAGAGGUACGAACGGUGAAAAACGGUGAGGGCAAAGAGAUAUUUGAUUGUUUCUACGUGUGCUUUGCCAAUCUCCGAAAGACAUGGCGUACUUACUGUCGUCCAAUUAUUGGAUUAGACGGUUGCUUCCUGAAAAACAAUGUAGAAGGCCAACUUCUUGCUGCUAUCGGACGCGACGCAAAUAACCAGUUUUUUCCUGUCGCUUGGGGUGUUGUGAAGAAGAAAAACACAGACAGCUGGCUCUGGUUUAUAAAGCUGUUGAAGAAUGAUUUAAACCUACAAGAUGGUUCUGGUUUCACUAUUAUCUCUGACAGACAGAAGGGUUUGAUUAAUGCUGUGGAUCAAGAACUGCCUAAAGUGGAGCAUCGGAUGUGUGCACGCCACAUCUAUGGCAACCUGAGAAGAAUCUAUCCAGGCAAAGAGUUGCCUAAAGCUUUGUUUUGGGCUGUUGCGAAGAGCUACAAUAUUGGAGAGUAUGACAAAGCAAUCAAAGAGUUCAAGGAGUUUGAUUUUGGUAUUUAUGAAGAAAUGAUGAAGAGGAAUCCCCGUAACUGCAGUCGUGCUUUCUUCAGUUGCACAUCAGUGUGUGAGGAUGUCUCCAACAACUUCUCUGAGUCAUACAACAACUCAAUUAACAAGGCCAGAUCGAUGCCACUAGUAGAGAUGUUAGAGACUAUUAGAAGACAGGCUAUGAUCCGUAUGGAUGUAAGAAGGAAGAAAGCAAUGAAGCAUCAAGGGAAAUACAGUCCCAAAGUGGCAUCGACUAUAAAAGCUGAAGAGAAGCAACGCAUGUAUUGCAGAGUUAUCCCGAGUGGAAAUGGUGAGUAUGAGGUGAAGGAACAUACCGUGAGUUAUACUGUUGACAUGGUUGCCAAAACUUGUGCUUGUAGGCGGUGGAAUAUGACUGGCAUCCCUUGUCGUCAUGUCCUUAGAGUGCUUCUGUAUAGGAAGCUUGAUCCCCAAGAUUAUGUUUCGAAUUGGUACUUGACUUCAAAAUGGAGAAACCAGUAUAGUAAUCCGAUCCGGUCUGUGAAUGGCAUCGAUCUGUGGAGGAAGUCUGGUGAGACAAAGAUCCAACCACCACCAAGAGAAGAGUCCCAUGGUCCUAAUAAGAAGCAGAAGAGGAUAAAAGGAAAGAAUGAAUCCCCAAAGAAAAAGAACAAGGGAAAAGAAGUUGUGGAAGAGGCUCCGGAGAAGAUUGUGAAGCUUACUAGAGAAGGAAGAAUCUCUCACUGUCGAGGUUGUGGUUCAGUCGGACAUAACAUCAGAAAAUGUCCAACCACUGUGUAUGUUCCAAAGCCGAAGGUGACACGCAAACCAGAUGUCGUUGAGUGCGGUGAUGGACCAAGUCAAACACAGCCAUCACAAAAUGGAGAGUGA